AUGGCUGCCCAUUCCCACACUGCCCACGACCUGCCCUUGGAGGAACUGUUGGCUCUGUAUGGCUACACAGUGCCUAAUUCAGCCAAGCAGAGCUGUCACGCAGCUGCCACUCUAUCAGACAUGGCCAUGGACAAGAAUCAGAUCACUGAGGACAUCUUUGCUACAGCAGAGGGAGUGGCAUCGUCAGCUGAUGAUCUCACUCCCUCUGUCACCUCCAGUACCUCAGAUCUGCUUCAGCACCUGCCUUCUGGAAACAAAGACACAUCCGUCUGCUCAUCUGACGAGGAGUCUGAUGAUAUCUCCUUCCCCUCCAAUGAAGAGCACAAGGAGAUCAUGGUUGGGUCCAUGUACCAGGCAGCCAUCCCUCCACUCAGUCCGUAUACGUACCAGGAACAAGGUAGGAAUCCCUUGCUUUUGCCGUGCUCUUGGCACCUUAUUUAUACAACUCUGACAUCCCCGUGUCCAGUGUACAACAGCGACGACCAGUUGUUGUGGAGACCAGGUACUCUGCCUCUGCAUGAAGUGGAAGACUUCUUGUUGAAUGUAGCAAGGCCACGUGACCAUGAGGGAGAAAUUUGCAAGCAAACGUGUGCCAACAAUGUCCGAGACAAUGAACAGGCGCUGUAUGAACUGCUGAAAUGCAAUUUUAAUGCGGAGGAGGCACUGCGACGUUUACACUUUAAUGUGAAAGUAGUCACUGAAGAGCUGUGCGGCUGGACUGAGGAGGAGUGUAGGAAUUUUGAGAACGGCUAUAAAGUUUACGGGAAAAACUUCCACCUCAUUCAGGCUAAUAAGGUAAGGACCCGCUCUGUGGGGGAGUGUGUGGAGUACUACUACAUGUGGAAAAAGUCCGUGAGGCACGACUACUUUACUCAACAAGCCACCAGGAUCACUCGAAAGAAGUACACCUUGCUGUCAGGCAGCAUGGAAGACGGAGACCAGGAUGGGUACUCUGGUGACAUAGAUGGAAGUCAUAAUUCUGCCGCCUUACUGUCUCGCAGUAGCUCCACAGUCUCUGGAAAGCUGGCAACCCCCUUACCUCGGCAGUCGAGCCUGGAACUGGACAAACAAGAUGGAGAACUUCUGCCAGAGAUGUGCGGCAACAGCUGUUCUCAGAAUCUGUUUGCCCGCUCCUUCCAUCUGCCCGCCUCGUCAGAUCAGGGGAAUUGCCUCUCUGGCUGUGGCGCAAAAUGGGCCCAGCUCCAAGACCGUCACCCACCGGGCUUCUUCCAGUUCCACAUGCGCAGCGGUCCUUUUAUCACAGAGGACCGCGGCGCUGCAGGUGAUGUGACUGACUCCCCCUUCGUCCGCGGGUGGGACUUCACCUGCUGUGUGCCUCCUCUCUCCCACCUCAUGACCUCCUGUCCCGCUUCUCCACAUUUAUCUCCCUGCUGCGUUUCCCUCCCUUCCAGUGAAAGCACUUGGGAAAAUCCUAAUGAUUAA